AUGUUUAUUACAUGUAGAAGAACGUUGUUGGUUGAGUCCUCUGUUGUUCUUUCAUCGUCAUUUUUUUUUUUUAAUAAAGCCCCGUGCUUAUCUUCUUUUCUCUUCAUGUAUGAACUGACUUCCAUCCAAUAUUCAUUGAACUCACAUGAGAAAAACUCACGCAUUCAAUUAAUUAUCUUGUCGUUCUCUAUUAAAUUUUCUGUGAAUCUUUUAAUUUUAUCUUGGGCCUGUGACUACAACUUAACGAACUUUACUCAUCAUUAUCAUCAUAUUCUUAUUUUUCCCACUCUUUAUCGUGUCUCUCUGUGCAUAUAUUUAUUAGCUCUAUUUUGUCGACGUACAAGAUAUAAUAAAAAAAAGAUGCUUUUAAACUUUUUCUUUCUGCUCUUCCUACUCUGUUUUCACUUCAUCUUGAACAAGAAUUAUCUACUUUUGCUCUAUAACGUUUUCUUGUAA